AUGUCGACCAUGGCGACCGGCGGUGGGGCCAUGGCGCGGCCCCGCAAAGAGCGGAAAGUCACGUUCGUCGUGCGCGACUCGGAUGAUACCACCCACUGUGCUGGCGUGAACAGUGUCUGCGUCGCCCCUCCUGCCACGUCAGCAUGGUACCUGCACCAUCAGGGACCCAGGUCGCCCCAGUCUCACCCACACUCGCAUUCCCACGGCCACAUUAGAAGCAGCAAUGAUGGUGACUAUAACGAGGAGGCUUGUAUCGAGGAUGUAGUGUUCACAGGAAGCCGGGACGGAACCAUAAACCGGUGGAGGGUUCCAGUAGGCUCGGUGGGUUCCGGAGCAGCAGAGGAGGAUCGGUACGGAAGGGGGAACGGAGGUGCGGUAGCGGUAACCCCAAGAGGAGUGUAUGAGACGACGUUUGAGUCGCAUACAGACUGGGUGAAUGACGUGGUGUUGGUGGGGGCAGACACGCUCGUCUCAUGCUCCUCCGAUGGCUCCCUCAAGACGUGGAAGGCCUUUUCACCAAGGGGCGAAUGCACCGACACACUGCGGCACCACAGCGACUACGUCAUUGCACUCGCUGCUGCCCGCGAUGUUCCCCUAGUGGCAUCAGCUGGUCUCGGUUCAGAGCUCUUCAUCUGGGACCUCGCAGCAGCGCAGCCACUCACCUGGUCUGGGGGAUCCCUCCCCCCCACUUCCUCCGCUGCUCCCCCUUCCUCCUCCUCCUCCGUCCCCCCUGCUUCCACGUCUACCGCUUUCCCUGCUGCCCCUGGUGCUGCUUCAGGCCUAGGAGGAAGCGGUGCAGGGGGAGGAGCAGGGGGAGCGGGGGGAGCAGGGGGGGCAGGGGGGGGAGGAGCAGCAGCGGGGCCGGUAGUGGGUGUGUAUUCCCCUGUGCCGGCCAAGGGGCAUAAGGAUUCGGUGUAUUCUGUAGCGAUGAACAGUGCCGGUAGCGUAGUGGUUUCGGGCGGCACAGAGAAGGUGGUGCGUGUGUGGGACCCUCGCACAGGGACAAAGCAGAUGAAGCUCAAGGGGCACACGGAGAACAUCAGGGCACUGGCUGUUGAUGCCACGGGCAGGUUCUGUUUGUCUGGUUCUUCCGACUCUAUCAUCCGGUGA